GUUCUGUCUAUCGAUUUUCACGAAACCCGCAAGCAAGUUCACUGCGUAACCACCUGCCAUUUCACGGCUACGUCACUGGACCGUCAAAAGGUUUAUUAAUAGCGGUGUUACGCGAUUAAAAAGCAAAAUAAAACACGGACGUGUUUUCCUAAUUUAAUUCUAGAGUUCCUGAGUAAUCGCUUGUGACUCACAAGUCACGAGAAAGUGUGUAGGUUAUGUUGUUAUGUGCCGCUGAUCUGAAGCUAACCUGUCACAGCUGAGUGUAGCAACAUCAUGAAGAAUACUUUACGUAGUGGGCUCCACAGAAGAAGCUUUAUAAGCAACCAUGCUGACGACAGCCCCAUAGAUACGAUACGCUUGGUGUCCCCUAUCAAUAGGUUUGCCAUAUUCCAAGGCAACUUUAGUCACGAUGACGAUGAUUAUCCGGAGAAGCCGUACAAACUCAAGACUAAAAUCGUCAUCUCAGCACUAGCAGUUCUAGUGUUCAUAUCAGCACUAAGUGGCUACCUCAUUGGGAGCGCAGACUAUGCUUCAAGGAGGACGGCGGAACCACCUGAUCCAAUUGAGCACCUCAAACCUUCGGCCUCCCGUCUUCACACGUUCCAAAAGGCUGCUGUGUGCACGGACGCUCCUCAAUGCUCGCAAAUUGGCAGAGAGGUCCUCAUAAAGAAUGGAUCGGCAGUGGACGCAGCGGUGGCAGCCAUGUUCUGCAAUGGCCUGCUCAACCAGCAGAGCAUGGGUCUGGGUGGGGGGUUCUUCAUGACCGUUUACAUCAAAGAUGAGGAGAAGGCGUAUACGGUGAACGCUAGGGAGACGGCACCCGGAGCAGCGACCGUCGAUAUGUUUAAUGGCAGCUGGGAUAAAGCUGCUAAAGGUCCGCUUGCAAUUGGCGUGCCCGGAGAACUUCGAGGAAUGUGGGCGGCCCACAGACGCUGGGGCAAGUUACCCUGGGACAGCCUGAUAGCCCCGAGUCUGGACCUCUGCAAGAAUGGCUUCCAGAUGUCUAAAGUCAUGUACGAUGGAUUGGAGAGCGCUACGUAUAUCAAGAAUGAUCCGCAUCUCAGGAAAAUGUACUUCAACACGGCAAAAGGGCAGUUCCACAAGCCUGGCACGAUGGUGAAGCCUAGCGAAGCCUUAUGUAAUACCUUCGCAAGGAUAGCUGAAAACGGGGGCGAUGACCUGUACAAUGGGACCUUGGCUGCAGACCUUUUGGAUGAUCUCGAGAGGGUGGGGAGCAUCAUCACUGCUGAGGAUCUGAGUCACUAUGAAGCAAAAAUCACAGACCCCAUAGCGGUGCCUCUAAGCAACGGGGACACAUUCUACUCCCCUCCCCCACCCAGCAGUGGGGCAAUCCUGGUGAACAUCCUGAACAUCCUCAGCGGGUACAACUUCACCGCGUCCAGCAUCAACAGCACGGAAGACAAGAUCCUCACCUACCACAGGAUUAUUGAGGCCUUCAAGUACGCCUACGCUACUAGGACGAAGCUGGGAGAUAUGGACUUCUUGGAUCUGACUGAGAUGAUCCGCAACGUAACAACUCCAGAAUACGGCACCGAAGUCCGAAUGCGUAUUAAUGACUCGAUGACCAGUAACGACACGGCUACAUACGGCGCUGAGACGUACAACCAGCCCGAUGCUGGCACUGCCCACAUAUCUAUCAUAGCUGGCAAUGGUGAUGCCGUGUCGGUCACCAGUUCUAUUAACUACUACUACGGAGCCGGUUUCUCGACCCUCAAAACGGGUAUAGUAAUGAACAACGUGAUGGACGACUUUUCGUCUCCUGGGAUCACCAACUUCUUCGGGCUGAAGCCUUCUCCCGCGAACUUUAUCGCGCCGCACAAACGACCCAUGUCUUCCAUGAGCCCGAGCAUCAUUGUCGACAGAAAUGGCAACGCGAAGCUCGUGAUUGGCGCCUCUGGAGGAACUAAGAUUACUACUGCUGUGGCUUUGGUCACAAUACGCAAGCUGUGGUUCGAUCAGACCAUCAAGGAGGCCGUGGACGAGGCUCGGAUCCACCACCAGAUCACACCUAUGCACGUCGAAUAUGAAUUUGGCGUCACAGAGGACAUAGUAAAAGGUCUCCGAGCCAAAGGCCACGGAAUGGUCCGCUACCGCAGCAGAGGCUCAAUAAUCUGCGCUCUCUUUAGGAAUCAAACUGCGAUAUACGCAAACGCCGACUUCAGAAAGGGCGGCGAUGUAGCCGGCAUGGACUGAAAUCCCUGUGCCUAAUUACACGAUAUUAUAAAUAUAAGUAUUACUGCGUCUAUGUCGUGAAUGGAAUUUAUAUGAAUCUGAAUUAGGAAUGUGUUUUUUGAAAUGCGAUCGUGUUUUGUUUUUUUUAUGGUUGAACUAAUUUCAAUACUAGACUGGAAAAGAGUUAAUUUUAUAAAGAGGUCUUAAUUCAGUCUAAAGUUGAGCGUGAGUACGAAUAGAAUUUUCUUAGUUAAACGCUAUCAUUAAUAUGCUCCUACCUGUAAAGUUAAUUUAAAACAUAUUCGUCCAUUGAAGAUGGACUUUAAAGCAGACAAUUUUUUUCAUGUAAUUAUAUUAUAGAGGGCAAAAGUGUGGUAGAUCCACGUAGUCUCGAGUAUUAACGUGAUUGGCGAUACAAUAAAAAGUAGGCAUUAAGGAACGUAUUACAAGAAAAAUGUGAUAGUAAAUAAACGAUAGUAGGAUAGGAUAUAACAAAUAUGGCCGUCUUCCUAAUAAAUACUUGCUUAUGAUAUCCUAUUGACGGCAAAAUUAAGUAUUAUGAUCCACCAACUCACUUAUAUUCCAAUUUAAAAUUGGUAAACUACUCAGCCUAUCAAUAAUUAAGAACUAUGGGCUAGAUACUUAAUAAAUUGUAUCUUGUAUUGUAUAGUAUUAUUGAAUUGUAAUACUUACAAGGAGAAAAAUCUGAUGCUUUUGUAACACCAUUUGUGUUUGAACUUUUUUAUCAUGAAGUGCCCAUGUUUUUCACCAUAGUUAUUAAAAGUUUCAUUAAUUUCAGUAUUCUUUAAAUUCCUUGUUCAAUAUAGCACAAACUUUGGCCAAUUUUCUAGUUAGUUACCUAUUCCUCAAACAACUGCAUUUAUUCCUGUCAAUAAAAUCUUUGUGUAAAAUUAUAUUAUAAGUAUUUAAUUAAUUUAAUAACAAUAAUAUUGUGAAAUCAUGUAUUAAAGACAUUCCUGAGAAAAAAAAACAUGAGAUUAUUGUAGCUUAUAUUAAUUUAUAUCUAUCAUCUAAGAAUCAUCAUCAUUCACAUUUUUUGAAAAUUAUUUAGUAAGGCGUUUUGGAAUUUGAUAAUAAAUAUCAUAGAUGAAAUGGGAAUGAACUGAUUACUUAGACAUAAAUGGUCACAAACUAGUGUUUGAAUAAAACUUUAAAU